AUGUCUACUACCACCCAACUUUUUGAGAAAGCAGAUAAGUUGUUUAAUGAAAUACUUAACAUUUGCGAUAAUUCUAUUCAUAAUGAAAAAGUCUUUGUACUCCUUAAAAAUCGUAUGGUACAUGCGAAGAAAGUUACUGGGAUCUUACAGAAAAGAAAACCAGAAAACGAGAAAAAAUAUGAUAUUACACUUAAUUGCUUCGUAAAAGUCUUAGAAAGGAUAAAAACAUUUGCGUUUGAUAUAUCAAGAUUAAGUGGUCACAAUAAAUACUUGACUGUGAAUUUAAUUAGGGAUAGAUAUACAAAAGUAAUUAAUGAAUUUGAUUCGGUAAUGAAUGAAUUGCAACUUAUUCCAGCCUUUCACGAAGAACGAGGAAAAAAUAAACAAGAUACUGUUUGUUCCGUUGUUUCUGAAACGAUGAAGUUCAUAAAUAUAGUCGAAGAGGACACUGAUAACACCCUUUUUCAAGAUCUGGUGAUGAUUAAAAAGCAAUUGGAACGUGUUGAAAAUGAUAAGGUCGAGCAUAAUGAAGCAUAUGAAAUAAAUUCAAACGAGUUGACGGAUUCUUUGGUUAAAAAGCCAACCGAUAAAAAAGGACUUGUUAAAAAAUUAUACAAGUCUAAUGAGGUUGCAUGUAAAACCAUAACUGCUGAUAAUAACCCUUCCAAAAUUAAAAUUCAACUUUCUUUAUUGAGAAGCUUUCGAGAUUCACCAUAUAUUAUCAAAUUUUUCGGUCUUUCACAAAUCAAUAAUGAACGGGUUAUGGUUCUAGAAUGGGCAGAACUUGGCUCUCUUAAGGAUGUUUAUAAUAAAUAUGACAUUCCAUUGGAUCGUAAAAUACAAAUAGCCCUCCAAAUUUGUCGUGGUAUCGUAUCGUUAAAUUUUUGCGGGAUUUUUCAUCGUGAUAUCAGAUGUCAAAGUAUCUUGUUGACCUUCAAACAAGAACCAAAAAUUUCAAAUUUCAAACAUGUUCAAAAACAUACGGAUGAGGAAAACAAAGUGAAACACAUGAACAUGAAUUGGAUGGCUCCCGAAAUUUUAGAGAAAAGUUCUUCCUAUACUCCCAAAUGUGAAGUUUUUAGUUUCGGAAUGUUACUCUGGGAAUUUGCCUUUGAGAGAAUUCCGUAUAUGUGCUUUAGAAUGGAAAAGAUGAAGGCGCAUGUGCUAUCCGGAAAAAGAGAACAAAUCUGGUGGGGCAAAAAUAUACAAAAUAUCCAGAGUAAAAAAGACUACGAAAAUAUUAUAAAAGACUACGAAAAUAUUAUUGUAGAUGCUUGGCAGGCAGAUCCAGCGAUUCGACCAUCGCUUCAUGAUAUUCUUAUGCGUCUGAGUUGUCUAGCUGGAAGUCAAGAUAAAUUAGCGGACAUUCCUAAACUUUUGACAAAGCAAGGUUCAGGAAUAAUCUCUCCUAUCGAGAAAGGUAUUGAAGAACAUAAUAAUAAAUGCGCAAAAGAUGCAUAUGAAUUCUUUGUUAAUCUAUCACUAUACAGUGACACGCACACAAAAUAUCGUGCAAAGUAUUGGCAAGGGUAUUAUUUGUGGGAAGGAAGUGUUGAAAGUAGAAAUCGUGAGAAGGCUCGUGAGUUAUUUAAAGAAGCAGCUGACGGUGGUAUAACCGAGGCUCAAUUAUAUUACGCAUUUUCACUGGUUAAUCAACGUGAACUGAAAUUAGAGAAAAAUAAUCGGGACGAGUUUCUUAAAUACAUAAAAAUGGCUGCAGAUAACGAUAGUCCUAUAGCGCAAUUUUAUUUAGGAGAUUUAUAUUUAAAUGGAAAACUUGGUGAAAAAAAAGAUAUUGAAUUAGGAAAACAAUAUCUAAAGCUCGCGGCUGCCAAUGUGCAAAAUAGAGAGGCAGCAUAA